UUUUGAACAUUUUAUUCCCUUCUUGGCAAAUUUUCAAGGUUUGUUGCUAUGAAAUUAAGGUGAAAAUUUUGCAAAAUAAACCUGAUUUUCUUAUCCAUUUCUUUAGAGGACAAACCUUCAUUGGAUGGCUCUAAUGAUGUCAGCUCUCCGACUUGGAACUUUAAUCGCAAGAUCUUGAACACUAGUAUUGAACCUCAGAUAAAACAGGCAACUUCGUAUUACAAAAAGGUCUGACAAAAUAAUUUUAAUGACUCUUGUUUGUACUCGUCUAAAGAGAAAAUGUCAAGCGUCAAUGAUGGAAGCCGGAAGAUGUUCAAUAAGUAUUCCUCAGAGGAGAAAUUUUCAAACUUUUCUAAAAUAAAGUAUUCCAAGAAGAACAGGAAGAAAAGAAAUGUAAAAAUAAUAGAUGAAGGUAACUCUGUUGACAAGAUGGACUAUUUUUACGGUCCAUAUCGAAAAGACUUUCUUUCAAAAUCUGUAAGUCUUCAUUUUUCUAAUAUUUUUUUCAAAUUUUUGGAGAGAUGAAAAUCUAAUGAAUUUAGAAAGACUGACAUAUGAAUUUUGAAGAUACCAUUACUCAAGAAAGUAAAAGAAUCAAAUCCUCAUUGGCAAUCGAUCGCAGAAUGAAUUUUUGGCAAGGAUAAAGACUCUAAGGAGUCCUUUACUAAAGUAAUCAAGAAAUAUACUUCAAGUGUAAAAAGAGAACUUCCAAAUGAACCUGAUUGAGUGAUAUCACCCUUAGAAAGCACCAUUCUCAGAAUAAAAUAAAAAGAUAGGAAAGCAAGAAAAGAGGAAAGUUCAGACAUUUAUGAUAAAGGAGUCAUAUGAAGAGACGGCUAAAAGUUACAAGUUUAUUGGUUCCAAAUAAGAACUUGAAAAAGAUACAGAACAAUCCAAUCUUCUCCUCAACUGUUGAUAAGAUUAAUAAAUUCUUCCCAGCUAAUGCAGCUAGUUGUGGUAAAAGAGGAGAUGGUGAGUUCUUUCAAAUGAGUAAAGAAGAAGACUCAAAUAUCUCAAGAGCUGAUAAAGACAACAAAGAGAGAUUAAAUAAAAGGUUUGAUUUCAGGCCAAUAAAUGAAGGGAGAGACGACCUAGAGAAAGAAAUUGUUGAUAAUGAUGAGGCAAAUUUAAAGCUAAUCCUUUAGUGAAUUAUUAAAAUCCAAGAAGAAACUGAAUCAAAAAGCUCAAUAUCAGAAAUUGUAUGAAAUUUUACAUAAUUAAUUAGACACAGACCAUUACUUCUUCUAACUCUGAUGGUUCAUCUGGAUCCGAGACUUCUUCUAAAGGUAAACUUUUAUUUAAAUUUAAAGUCUCGGUCAAUGAAGAAUUCAGACAGAACUUGAUUAAUAGUGGAGCUAUCAGAGUUUAUACAGAAAAUAGAGCUAUUAAUUUGGAAGAAAAUAAAACCAUCACAGAAGAUACUCAUGA